UCCCGUCUCUCUGCUCCUCCCGUCUCCUCUCUCCUUCUCAUAUUUCAAUCUCAAAACGCUGCCUGAAAAAAGAGGGCUAAUAAGCAGCAACGUCAACCCGUACAAUAAUUCCAUGGGAGAUCCAUCAGAGAAUAGAAACAUGGAAGGGACUCUUUUAAUCAAACAAAACAGAGAAGGCGAUCAUUCAUCAGCUCUAACAUGGCAAGUCUUCUUUCAAGAAGUGAAGAAACUGGGUUUCAUAGCAGGACCUAUGGUGGCUGUGAUUCUUUCUCAGUUCCUUGUGCAUUUUAUUUCUAUGACUAUGGUUGGUCAUCUUGAUGAACUUGCUCUUUCUAGCACCGCCAUGGCCAUUUCUCUCUCUAGUGUCACUGGUUUAAGUCCUCUUAUGGGGAUGGCAAGUGCAUUGGAAACUUUAUCUGGACAAGCUUAUGGAGCUAAGCAGUAUAAAAAGCUUGGAAUUCAAACUCAGACUGCUAUCUUCUGUUUAAUCUUAGUUUGUAUUCCUCUUUCUGUGAUAUGGAUAAACAUGGGAAAGAUACUUAUUUUUAUUGGACAAGAUCCCAGAAUUUCCCAUGAAGCUGGUAAAUUUACAAUGUGGCUAGUUCCUCAACUCUUUGCUUUUGCAACUCUUCAGCCUCUUAUUCGAUAUUUUCAGACACAAAGUUUGAUUUUUCCUAUGGUCCUAAGCUCUUGUGGGGCUCUUUGUUUCCAUAUCCCUCUAUGCUGGGUUUUAGUGUUCAAGUCAGGACUAGACAACCUUGGAGCAGCAGUAGCAAUGUGUAUUUCAAAUUGGUUGAAUGUAAUUAUUCUUGCACUGUACAUGAAGUUCGCUUCUGCAUGUGCCAAAACACGUGCCCCAAUUUCUAUGGAGUUAUUUCAUGGGAUUGGAGAAUUCUUUCGCUUUGCUAUCCCUUCUGCAGUAAUGAUCUGCCUUGAGUGGUGGUCAUUUGAGCUGCUUGUGUUGCUCUCAGGACUCUUGCCAAAUCCAGAGCUUGAAACUUCAAUACUAUCUGUGUGUCUCACAACUAUUUCUACACUGUAUGCAAUUCCUUAUGGAUUUGGUGCUGCAGCAAGCACUAGAGUCUCAAAUGAAUUAGGAGCAGGAAACCCACAAGCAGCACGUGUUGCUGUUUAUGCUGUGUCGUUUCUUGCAGUUGUGGAGACAACUAUAGUAACUGCUACCCUCUUCGCAAGCCGCCGCAUUUUCGGGUAUGUUUUCAGCAACGAAAAGGAUGUGGUGGACUAUGUCACAACUAUGGCUCCCCUGCUCUGUUUGUCAGUAAUAAUGGACAGCUUACAAGGGGUGCUUUCAGGAGUUGCAAGGGGGUCCGGAUGGCAGCAAAUAGGGGCGUAUAUAAACCUGGGAGCCUACUAUCUUUGUGGGAUUCCAGUUGCUGCAGUAUUGGCUUUCACGGUGAAAUUAAGAGGAAUGGGGCUUUGGAUUGGAAUACAAGUCGGUGCAUUUACACAAACGGUUCUGCUUGCUAUUGUUACAGGCUGCACAGAUUGGGAAAGACAGGCAAGCAAGGCAAGGGAAAGGAUGUUUGAAGGAAGAUCUUUAGUUCACAAUGAAGUAAUGUGACGUGGAGUAAAGAGAUAACUAAUACAAGGAAUUAAUGCCGAGUUGGCCAAAUGCAAUUGGGCUAAUGAGGGAUUAUAUAAUAUUCUCUUUUGGGGUGUGGAAUAGCUGAUCACUCUCCCAUUUUGAGUUGAAAGAAACAUGUAUUGAUUGUUGUAAGAGAAAGAAGUGUUAUCGAGUUCAAUAAUAUUAGAGACUAAUUUCUUUUUUGAGACAAAAUAGAUUGGUGUUAUUAUUCUAUAAUAAUUAUAAAUAAGUUAAUUCGGGACGUUCAUUUUUA